AUGCAGCAGGUUAUAAAUGUGUGCGCCGCCUACCAGGUGGCUCAGUACGGUAACAUGUGGGUAUUGUUGGUGACGGCUAGCUUGGUGUUGGGAGGUGACUCCGCGCCACCACCGGCGCUGCUGGAGCUUGGUGAGACAGUUUCAGAAAUCCUCAGCGACCUAGAAGACAUUCCAUUGGAAGAACGAGUCGACGACACAGUUCCUCCAGAACUCCUGGAGCUGUACCAAAACAUCGAAAUGCUGCUGGAGAUUCAAAAAAGCAACCUAACCGAAAGUCGGGAGGGCCGAGGACUUCUGAGCAAGCUGAGUUUUCUAACUGGUCUGAAACUCGGGAAUUUCCUGACGAGCUCGGGCACGCUGGCUGCUAGUCAGAGUAUAAACUUCCUGGGGAAGGUGCUGAACGCAGCCUUGUCUGUCAGCUACGGGAACGUCGGAGGAUAUCCUGGGCUGGGGGGAGAAAAUGGAAUUGGAGUCGGAGAACUGGGAGCUCUAGGGGCUCCAAUAGUGGGUCUGCAGAAACUGCCUGUCAUCGAGGAAGAUGUUCCUGACGAGGACAAGAAAAGAGAAAAGCCAGACAACGCCUCCCUGCCAGUCACCUCCCCGGUGUCGACACCCGCCGUCAGGAUCAGGGCGAGUCCUGUGGAGUCUUCGAGGAAGGAGUUCCUCAAGGAUCACAACCACAGGGUGGACAACUUCAACAACAACUUUGAGAAAAAACUGAGAUCCCGAACUGGACGAAUAGAAGCAUCGACGUAAUGUUUAGAUACCAUUACCUUGGCGUAACAAAAUCCUGCUUUAACUCUAUGAACUUUCUUUCAAGAAAAGUACAAACAUUGUAAAUUUAAAAUUGUAGUAAAAUAAAACUUGUCUAUGUAUUCGAGUCUGAGCUCAACUUUGAGUCCAAUUGAAUUAAAGUAACAGGCCUGAAACUAUAUAUACUGUAAGGGGUUUUGAUAGUAUUUUUUGUGUAAAUUAACAACGUGUUGUAUAUUUAUUAAUUUAUAGUCUUAAUAUCAAAUCUCAAAUCUUUGUACUUCAAUAUUGUAUAUGACCUGAUCUUAGUCCCUAGGUUUUGAAUUGGCCUUUUUAGUAGUUGACAAUCUGAGAAACUUUAAAGUUCACAAAGAAAAUUCUAGAAAUUCCUGUAGUAGUAAAUUAUAGUCCUAGUCCAUUUUGCCUAUUUGAUGCAACUUUACGGGUUAGGUUAGUUUUAAUGUAACAGUGUUUGCUUAUUUGUUUAGUAACCAUUGUGAAUAUCAUUUUUAUCUAGCAUUAGAAGACAAAAAUUAAAAUUUAAUUUCAUCCCAUCGCUUUCACGAUAGAAAAUUAAAAUCUUAGGUUAUGUAUGUAUAUAUUCUUAAAAUCAAACUGU